UAAUAACCAGCAAGGGGUAAGAUGCGUCUCGUAAUCUUGGACGAUUAUGAUUCUGCAAGCGAAUGGGCUGCAAAAUACGUGAGGAACAGAAUAAAAGAAUUCAAUCCUGGACCGGACAAACCCUUUGUACUAGGACUACCAACAGGCAGCACCCCAAUAGGCAUGUACAAGAAACUGAUCCAGUUCCAUAAAGAGGGUCAGCUCUCAUUUGAGCACGUGAUCACGUUUAACAUGGACGAGUACGUGGGACUAGCAGUGGAGCAUCCUGAGAGUUACCAUAGCUACAUGUGGGACAACUUCUUCAAGCACAUUAACAUUAAACCCGAACACGCCCACAUAUUGGAUGGCAACGCCACCGAUCUUGUAGCUGAAUGCGACCGAUUUGAAGAAGAAAUUAAGAAAGUGGGAGGAGUUGAAUUAUUUAUCGGAGGUAUUGGACCGGACGGCCAUAUUGCAUUCAAUGAGCCAGGGUCCUCACUGUCCUCUAGGACUCGUAUCAAGUCCCUAGCCGUUGAUACGAUACUCGCUAACGCAAAGUUUUUUGGUAACGAUAUUUCUAAAGUUCCCAAAGCAGCACUAACAGUCGGAGUGGGGACUGUAAUGGAUGCCAGAGAGGUGAUGAUAGUUAUCACAGGUGCUCAUAAAUCCUUUGCUUUGUAUAAAGCAGUUGAGGAAGGUGUUAGUCAUAUGUGGACAGUAUCUGCUUUCCAAUAUCAUAAAAAGUGUACCAUAGUCUGUGAUGAAGAUGCUACGUUAGAGCUGAGAGUUAAAACGGUUAAGUAUUUCAAGGGAUUGAUGGAAGUGCAUAACCAGCUGGUAAAGGACCUUGACGUGAAGGAAACACAAUAACUAGUGUUGUUGUUUUUGUAUAACUAGUAUUGUUGUUGUUGUUGUUGUUUAUUAAGUGAAUUGUUUGCUACAAAUUUUGUAUAAUAAUUAUUAUUUAUUAGUUAUUUUCCUCGUAA